AGUUUAUGGAACUUUGCUGAAACAUCUCAAAUCAUCCACAGCUUAGCGGAGCUUUCCGUAACCCAAUUACACAACUUAUGAACUGUUUUACACCAUUACUAUUUAUUAUCAGCACCGCCAUGCUCGUCAAUAAAAUAAUUAAAAAGCAUCGUCAAACGAUCCUUUCAAAUGAUAAGCGCUGCUAACAGAUCCGACUUUAGUGCAUUGUAACUGGCAGUAGCAAUCAAUGAUCACUUCUGGUUAUACUGGUACAUUAGUAAAAAUGUGGAACUUUUCCAAAUCGUCACAUUUAUUUGCAAUCAAUAUUUUUUUGCUGCUACUGCUGUUACCCCUAACCAACGCGGUAGAAUACAGCUGCAUCGAGUACCACAAAGGUUAUUGUGUACUUGAAAACGUCACCACGGAGUCGGUCCUAUCGAACCAAGCGACGUUCCCAGUGGACAAAUUUCUGCUCAUUCAGAACAGCACCAUCCCCACGUUCGGAGAGGAUCAUUUUCGUCAACUACACACCGUGGAGAAUCUGAUGAUACAUCAUUUGAAAAUCGAACAAUUGGACCUGAAGGGAUGCAAUCAGCUGAUGAUGCUUUUCGCCAGCUACAAUCACAUUUCCAAUCUGAGGGCCGUCGAUGGACUUCCACUGCGUAGCUUGCAUCUCUAUCAGAAUUUACUGACGGACGUUGAUGCGCUGAAGGUGCUAACGGAGUUGGAACAGCUUUAUUUGCACGAUAAUCUGAUUGAAGUUUUGACAAUCGAUGUGUUUGCAAAAAUGAAGAGCUUGAAAAUCUUGACGCUACACCGGAACAAACUGACGGCGAUCGAUACGAUCAAGCCGAUCAGCUUACCCAGUUUGGAAUCGCUGUUUCUGCAGCACAAUAAGCUGACGUAUUUGGAUACCGGUUUAUGGCGAAUGCCUGCUCUGCAGACGGUGGACCUGAGCGAUAACGAACUCGCUUUCUUGUUUACUUUCUUGGAAGAGUUUCCCGGCUUAGCAACGUUGGAGCUGCAUACCAACAGGUGGAACUGUGCGUGGUUACACAAAAUGGUGGACCGAAUGGAAAUGCGAGGGAUUCAGCACGGUCAGACCGAUCGGUCUUGCGAGGGAACGUUGUUUGGGGAGAUUUGCUGCUGGCCCGAGGGAGCCGAACCAGACCCGAUGAUGCUGCUCAUCAGUAGGACUGGCAUCGUGGACGAUUUGCAAGAUCAGCUCGGAAAUCAACGGCAGAAGGUGGAGCACCUAGAGGAGGCGCAUCGGAAGCAGACGUACAAGUUUGAUGAGAUGAAAAGGAAAAUCGAUCGGAUAGAAGAAUUGUGCCGGAAUGAGUUGUAA